CAUCUCAAAGUUGGAGUGAAGAGAAACUCGAAGAUCAAUGGCAGCCAAAAUCUCCAUCUCCAAAAUUGCUCAAGCUUACUGCUUUCAUCUGCGAGCUCGUCGUUUCUCCUCAAAACCAUACUACUCUUCCUCUUCCUCUUCCAAAUCGCAGCGGCAAGACUCCAAUUUCGGCUCUGACGCCGACGAAGCCGUUGUGCCCACCGCCGGAAUAAGCAAGCCCCUUUUCGAAAUUCUCAAGGACUUGAACAAAAAGAUCCCCGAAUCGCUUCUCAAAUCCCGCACCGAAUCCUCUGGCUUCUCAAUUAGAUACGUUCCUUGGCACGUAUUGAAUCGAAUUUUGAACCUACACGCACCAGAAUGGUCCGGUGAGGUUCGUAGCAUCACUUACUCAGCUGAUGGCAAUUCUGUAUCGGUCGUCUAUCGCGUCACACUUUACGGGACUGAUGCAGAGAUAUUCAGGGAAGCAACAGGCAGUGCUUCAGCUAGUGACACAAGCUACGGGAGUCCAGUGCAAAAGGCAGAAGCAAUGGCAUUUCGCCGAGCUUGUGCUCGCCUAGGGCUGGGACUUCAUCUUUAUCAUGAAGAAUUGGAGUAGUGCAGGUAUAAGCCAGAGCAACUCAGGGCUAUGGCCUGUAUAUGCUUCUCUCGAACUCGGUGGAUUUGAUCUCUUGCUUUUGUAUGUAAUCGCGUUCAAAAAGCCAUAUUUCUUUUAGAGAACCUCCUAAUUUUCCCAAAAAUCCAAGAGGAGAUUCUUUAAGUAGAAAGAAUUCAGUACAGACGUAGGAUUCUUAUACGAUGGAAUCAUCAAAGAUUUGACCUUUUUUGAACUAUGUUUAUACCUAAUUAGAGGCGUAUUCGAUCAAUGUUAGCGCAUUAUCA